AAACUAAAAAGCAUCCACAAGUUUUGUAGAAAAUACAAAAGCCUUCAUAUUUUUCCUGACACUUAGGGCCAUAGAGGCCAAGCUAGAACCCUUACACCAUGGAAUAAGGAGUGUUCUCCAGGGCAGGAUUCCUCAUCCUAAUUCUCCCUGUGUGCCUAUGUAAGUUCAUUUAGGAAAAACUUUAUUAUAUUUUCAGUGAUAUCUUUCAUUAAAUUAUGAUAUCUGUACCUAUUUUAAAAUAUUGAACUAAAAGGGAACAAUAUAAUCUCUUUUUUAAAGAAAGGGCCUCCAGAGAAAAGCCUGCAUUUCAUAGAAUUUAAAAUGGAUUCUCUACUAUGUCUAGCAAUUGAUUGGAUCCCUUUGCAUUGUAAGGCUCAGGUUCUCUUUCAUGUCCUAUAGAUAGUGAGGAAGUUAUUUACGCAAUAACUAUCAACCAAUGAAUGAAUGCUCCAAUUAAGUUGUUUUAAUUGCCCAAGUUAUCCUCAAUAUGAACUAUUAUAAUAUUGAGUCAUGUUGACCCCUUUGAUAAAAUUUUGGUAGAAAGUAACUGUAUUCAAACAAACAAAAAAAAGAAGUGAACACUCUUCUUGCCUAAAUCACAAAUUAUUUUGUGGAUUAAAGAUGCCAGCACCUGAGACUUGAGGAGCAGAAUGAUGCUGGCAGUAAACCCUUUAUAGACUUUCUACUGUUUGGGGGUGUGGAGGAGAAAAAGAGCCUGAAAAAAAGAGGUCAAAUGGACUCCUUCUUCCUAGAAGGCUGACCCCAGGAAUCCUCUGAAAGACACCCCUACCUCUACCCUAUGCCCUCUCUUCAAAUGACAAAAUCUACUGGAAAUCUCCUGUGUUCCAAGAGGCCAACAGUCCUUCAUGUGGCACCCCUACUCCUCGAUUCUCUGUGAGCCAUUAGAACUGGCCAGAUGGUGGGGGGUCUCCCGGCCUCUCUGUCAAACAGUUGUGUCUGUGUCCACUGCAGAAGACGUUCUGUGUUUCUGAUGAACCUGUCCAAAGAGGCUUCUGCCUCUGACAGAAGAGUAGGUCCGGGGGAUGGGCCAGGCAUCUAAGUAGAUCCAAGGGGUUGGAAACCAAGUUCUCUGAUUUACACCUCAGAACAGUGGAAGCACAAGGACUGGUGGAAACAAAGGGACAGGGUAUGUGAGAUGCAGCCAUUCGAGGCCUCCAGGACCUACACUGGUUGUGUUAGAGACCCCUUUUGGUUGUUCCCCUGGACCACAACCCUGAGCCCCCGUGGCGGACCCUAAGGUACUACUAUCUGCAGACUACCCCACCAUUAUCUGUUGUCCAUGCAUGAGAACUAGGGUUAGAAUGGCAAACCAUGUCAAGAGGAGCUGAAGCAGCUUGGGAAACCAGUAGGCUUCUAAGAUGAACUUCAUGAACUCUCUCCUAAUAGUGGGUGCUUUCUGGGUUUCAUUCAUAAGCAACAAAUCCUUUGCUUAAAAAAACUACAACAAACAAACAUAAACUCCCUGGCAGAGAAGUGGGCAGAUAUUCUGUACCAGAUAUAUCCUAGCUACUGCUGAGUUCAUAAUGACAACUUCCAAUCUGGACAUGCAGAAUCAAGAGGAAUGAAAUAGCUUCCCUUUUUCUGUCCACAUCAGUUAUCUUUUGCUGUAUAAUAAAUUACCCCCAACACUUAGGGGCUUAAAAUAACAUUUAUGGUCUCACAGCUUCUGUGGGUCAGGGGGUCAGGUGCAGCCUGGACCACAGAGCCUCUGGUUCUGAAUCUCUCACAAGGCUGCAUCUCAAACCUCAACUAGGGUAGGAUCCACUUUUCCAGCUUUUUCACACGGUUGUCAGCAGGACUCAGUUUCCCUUGAGCUGUUGGUUUGUUGCCAGAUGGGUCCCUUUGCAGAGCAUCUCACAGCACAGCAACUUGCUCCUCUAGAGUGAGCAGUGCUAGGAGUGCUAUGAAUCUCUCUCAAAGUUGAGCUGUCCAUUUAGAAAGGAAACUUACAAGGUGUCCUCUAUUCCAGGAACUUUAGCAUUUUCCUGAUUAAGGACCACUUUUAAUUUCCCCAAGGUUCUACAAAAGACCAAAAAAGUGUGGGGGCUGUGGAGGAAACAGCGUGACCACAGGAAGUCCCACCCACUUCACCUCCCCCAGGUCUCGGGAAUUCUCAUAAGCUUGGCGUGGAGGUUUGGCGAAGCUGCAAGAUCAUACGGGGGAUGGUAUGGAACCUGCUCUCCUCCUGAGAGCACAGAAAGGGCACUCGUUAUCCCAAACAGAUGACUUUGGUCAAAAACGCCUUUGGUCAAAAUUUCCAAAGGAGGAAAUCAACGCCUAGGCUUAGAACAAAGUCUUAAGCAAACCGGAAACAUCUGAGAGGAUUAAAGAAGUUCAGGUGUCAGGCGUUAAAAUUAUGGUUGGUUGCUGCGCAUCUCAUUAGGGGGGAAAAAAUAGAAAUGUACUUAAAUGGACCAGAGGGGAGUCAUAAGGUUGAUUCUCAGGGCUGAGUGAUCUGAACUGCAGAGACAACCUUAGAGAGAAAAUCCAUACUGGCCAGAGACCAAGUUAAUGGAAAAUUUAAUUGAAGCGAAUGAAUGCUCAGCCUCAUAGGUAGUACGGCCCUGUGCCCUUUGAACCAGAAACGCUGGGCCAGGAGGCCACAGAGGGCCCUAAGGGAAAACUCCCUUAUCUGCAAGAACAAGGGGCGGGACUGAGUUUGAGAAAAGAAAAUCUGCAAACCUCCACAGGAGCCUCAGUGAAAGGCUGCACGCAGGGGAGGAAACCUUCGGUUUCGGUCACCAGGAAGUCCCUUAGAGAUUCACAGCAGAAGGCCCCUCUGCAUCCCACAGCACUAAGCACGUGCUGGAAACCAGCAGUCCCCCAGAGGAGAGCGGGAGAGGCUGCCGGGUGGCGGAGACACAACCACCAAGCCAAGACAGUCACCACUGAAGAGUACCUGGUGAACCCUGUGGGCAUGAACCGCUACGGUAUGGACCCCUCCGCCUCCACCUUUAACCACAGGGGCUCCUUGCUCCCCUCCUCCUCGCUGUACUGCAAGAGGCAGAACUCUGGAGACAGCCACCUUGGGGGAGGUCCUGCUGCCACGGCUGGUGGUCCCCGCACCAGCCCCAUGUCUUCUGGUGGCCCCUCGGCACCUGGGCUGAGGCCCCCAGCCUCCAGUCCCAAGAGAAAUGCAACCUCUCUUGAAGGAAACAGAUGUGCCUCAAGCCCUUCUCAGGAUGCGCAGGAUGCCAGGCGGCCACGGAGCAGGAACCCCUCUGCCUGGACGGUGGAGGACGUGGUGUGGUUUGUGAAGGACGCCGACCCGCAGGCUCUGGGGCCUCACGUGGAGCUCUUCAGAAAGCACGAGAUUGAUGGCAACGCUCUGCUGUUGCUGAAGAGUGACAUGGUCAUGAAGUACCUGGGCCUGAAGCUGGGACCCGCACUAAAACUCUGCUACCACAUUGACAAACUGAAGCAAGCCAAGUUCUGACUUUUUAAAAAAGACAGAAACGAAACCCAAAACAACAGAUCUCAAGAUUAUCUUCUGCCUUACCAACAUCCCACCAACAUCACAAAAUAGACUCUCCUCUUAAAAUUAACAGCCACAAAGACGUGUUCUUUUUAUAAAACUUGUGAAUCUUUGCCUUUUAAAGAAUUUAACGUGGACCUUUUUGAAAGGCUCCUCUGUGUUAAUAAUUUGCCAAAAAAUUACAAAAGCCUCUGAUUUUUAACAUUCCUGUUAUGCUGAUUUCUCUUAAAGUGGGUCCUAUUUGCAUAACAAAAGAGUGGGGAACUGAAUGCUUAUGUCCAAGGAAAGUUCUGGAGGGUUCAAAGGAUGAAAGAAGGACCUUUGUCCCUGCAGUCUCCGCAGGGACACCCACCUCAGCACCAUCUGCCUCUAACUCUGACCUGGGGACCUAUCCGUGUGAGCCUUGUUUGCCUCAGCUCUGGAAGCUGACUUCUGAAGAUGACUGCCUCACCUUGCACUAUGUGGAAAACUUGAAUUAUUUUGCUCCAUGAAAGAAAAGGAAAAAAAAAAAAUCUUUUCUAUUCCUAGAAAAUCUGAAGUACUGUGUUGCUCCGCUAGAGGGCAGACUGCUAAUGAAAUUUCAGGACCCUUACUGACUGCAGUAGCAAGAUUAUUCAGUACUGAGUGGAUGGGUUACGGUGUCUGUGAACAAGAUCUAGCCCACACAGAAACAGGGGAUUUAUUCCACAGUUAGCACCACAGAUUGCGACUUGGGAAGAAACCAUCAGCUAGAGGGGUCUAGUUCGUAUCCAAUCAUUAUUGACUGACUGACUGAUACUCAACUAGCAAAGGCAAGAAUUUGGAAGCACGCUCUACCCAGAUGGGACUUUGGAGUUCCUUCUCUUCCAGAGUCCUCAUUGAGGUGUUGAAGUGUUGGCAUGCCGAAGAAUCUUAGUGACAUUUAGCCAUGGGUGUUUCUUUAAAAAAGGAAAAGAAAAUGUCUCAACGAAGCUUUGAAAUGGGAGAGUGUUGAUUUCUAGUUACAUUGCUGGGUUAUGUAGUUGUAUCUGUGGCUAAUUUUUCUAGUCCUCAACAAAUACACAGACAUGCUAUUAUGGGGUUUAAUUCAAUUUACAGAUAGGUUUUCCUUCCUCACCGUGGAGUAAUAGAAAAAAUUGAUUUUCUGCCCCUUUGCAGCUGUGUCCAGAGAAGGACAAUGAAUCCACAAUUUAUUAGGCAGAGGGACAACUUCUCCACCAUUCAUUUUAUCCUUCCCUUUUCUCUGUUUCCCUCCCUGUCUCUUCUUCUUCUUCACACUGAGCAGAAAACAUAUCUUCAAAAUGAAUUCACCUUUGCCAUGUGCAUAAUCUCUUCCUUAAAAGGACAUCAACAGUGUCGGAGAUGAGGAGAUGAACAUUAGAUUUUGGAAUUUCUGGGAGGGAGAGGGUUAGGGAUGACUCAGGGCCUCUUGGCCCAAUGGUGAAUCAGAAAAGGCACCCCUUUCUCUGGAAUACAACCUGAGCAGGGGUCUCAGUUAGCAAGUGGAGCAGGGUUGGAGCUCAACCUCCUCACCCCUUGAUCAGCUGCCAUUGUGCAGAACAUGAAUUGCAUAACCUUGAGGGCAGCCCUGGGUAGAUCUGCAUAGUGACCCUCUAUAUAGUUAGAAUCCAGAUGAAGGCCAUAAGAAUUCGUCCAUGUCAUGCCGUUAGACCCGCUUUGAUGUGCUGUAUUUGAGAAAGCACAUCGUAGCCUCCUUUUCAGAAACACAAAUGGUGGCUGGACUGAGAGCAUAGCAGAGAAGGGGAGGAGGAGAAUGUACUAAACUUGCUCACUGAAUUGAGCUAGAGUGUGGAAGAGCUUGAUGUCUGAUGGUUUUGUUACAGGAAGGGGUUCCUGAUCCAGACCUCAAGAAAGGGCGCUUGGAUCUCAUGCAAGAAAGAAUUCAGGGCGUGUCCAUAGAGUAAAGUGAAAGCAAGUUUAUUAAGAAAGUAAAGGAAUGAAAGAAUGACUACCCCAUAGUCAGAGCAGCUCUGAGGGCUGCCAGUUGCCCAUUUUUAUGAUUAUUUCUUGAUACUAUGCUAAACAAGGGGGGAUUAUUCAUGCCUCCUCCUUUUAGAUCAUAUAGGGUAACUUCCUGACAUUGCCAUGACAUUUGUAAACUGUCACGGCACUGGUGGGAGUAUAGCAGUGAGGACAACCAGAGGUCACUCUCGUUGCCAUCUUGGUUUUGGUGGGUUUUAGCCAACUUCUUUACUGCAGCCUGUUUUAUCAGAAGGUCUUUAUGACCUGUAUCUUGUGCUGACCUCCUGUCUCAUCCUGUGACUCAGAAUGCCUUCGCCAUCUGGGAAUGCAGCCCAGUAAGUCUCAGCCUCAUUUUACCCAGCUCCUGUUCAAGAUGGAGUUGCUCUGGUUCAAACGCCUCUGACAGGUUCAGCACCUGAGAAAAGUACCUUGAAUCAGGCGUUGGGGCAGAGUCUUCAAGAUUUUAAGGUGAUAGGUCCUGUCUCUCAAGAGUUUAUUAAUCGUAAGUACUCACUGCUGGUCUAGGGUUAGAUACAUUUCCCUCAAAACAGCCAGGGACAGGUUAUGUAUUCAGAACUGCCAGUGCGAGAACAAUGAGAUCCAGAAAAAUCCCACAAAAACCCAGGUUUUUCACUCAUCUUUUUUUUCUCAAUCUUCCGAUACUUGUGGUACCUCUUCCGUGAACAGAUACCUCAUGUAGUGACUUCCAGUAUUAAGUUUUCAAAACUUCCUACCCACCCUCGUCAGUGCCUGCCUCACUACAGAGUCACAAACAUUGGUGCUCUCAAGUAAAAAUCAGCCCCAAACAAUGUCAUAGAGAUCCCUCGAGUAGUUUUCAGGGGAGAGAUAGGUUCUCAUUUCAAGUCUCGGAGAAAACUGGAUCCACAUUCACGUGGAACUGCUCUCACGGAGGUGCUAUCUCAUUUCGCAUUAAACUUUAAGCAGGACAGAUUGCUGAAGCCAUGAUAUUUAAGGUUUGACUUUUUAAAAAUCUCAUUACUCUUAAAAUAAAUGCUGCCACAUCAGAGAAUAACCUGGGGAGGAAAAUCUUCCUUGACUGCUUCUGCACUGAAAUGCAAUUAGCCAACUAAAUUAUUGUAGCAAUACUGCAAUUAUAAUUAAUUUUCACCCCUCUCAAAAAUCUUGUCUAACCAGGAGGCUAAAUAGCUUCACAAAUGUAAAACACACCAGGCCAUUUCCUCUAAACAGAUCUUAAAGGGUUAGGCCACGUGGGUCACCCUUGUCCAAAUGAGAGCCGACUUGAGGGCCUCACACUUGUAUAGAUAUGGUACUUGUUAUUCCAUUGCAGUAGCUUUGCUUCAGGUUGUAGUGAAUAAUGAUAUCGUUUUGCAUAAUUCCAAAUUAGAGUGUGUAUGUGUGUGUGCCUGUGUUCGUGCUCCAAACAUUUCCAAUUACACUUGUCUGUUAAACACUGAAAAAAAAAAGAUCAAGAGACAAUUCUAUUGCCUAAAGCCUUUUAAAUAUUUCAUGAAUCACAUUAUUCCCUGUGCGAAGACUUUAGGUGAAAGCCGUGGGUCUUGUCCGUGUGUGUGUGUGUGUGUGUGUUUCCUGACACUGUAGUUGGAAGAGCCUUAGGAAGUGAGUGCUUGGGAGUGUACGAGCCAUUGCCUUUGCUUGGUUUGCAAUACGGAGGCAGAACCCACUGUGGUCUGGUUGCUACUACUAAGUGUCCCCUCUUAUUCUACUAGGGUAUGCCCUUGAGGAAGCCGGGUGACCAGGGCUGCUCUGGGACUCUGGGCCUGCCCCCUCAGGAGGAUGAUUGUAUGUGCCAAGCCUGGGCUCCAGGUGACUCUGGGGAAACGCCUUGCUGGGGAGCCCACGGCAGGGAACAAUUGUCUUGUGGGCAUUUAGCACCUACCAGAGAGUACACGGAGCUCCCAACAUUUCCCUGCAGCAGGGCUGCUACCAACUAUAUUAAAUACAUUGGGAAGGAAUAUGGGACUAGGGCUGGUUUACUGGAGAAGGAAACCAGUGAGAGAGGGAGGCCUACACCAUAAGUUUCUUAGGAAAACAAUGAAAGCAGCGAUUCUAACAGCCCCAACUCUUCAUGCUGCAAUAACCUAUUUUUGUAUCUAUGUGCUGUAUGGAAUAUUUCUUAUUUUUUUUAAUUAAAAUUCUUUUAAAAUUAUUUUUGAGAUGGUUUUAGGAGAAUUUUGUCAAAUCUCUGAAGAUAAUUGGAGAUGCCCAUAGGUGACCAGGGACUGAAAUUUAGUCAUUGUCAGAAGGUCUCGAAAGAUGGAAAUAUUCUGCUCUUGUUCUAAAGAGACAGCCAGGUUUUCAUAUGUGUAAUCCGUCAGCAGGCACCAUCUGACUUCUGCUCUGAAGGGGUCACUUCUCAGCUCUUCUCCACUGGAGAUAGAGGGGAAGGGGAUUGGACUCACUUUUUUAAAAAACCUCAGAUAACAAGACAUGGAAUUGUGAAAGAGUAGGUGAUUUUUUAAAAAAUUGCAAUCUUUUUUUAAGGAGAGGGGUGCAAACCUGUCCAUGGGUCUGAUUUUUUUUUUUUUUAUCAUAAACAUUCUAAGAACUGAGCACCUGCCGGGCUCUCCUGUUGCCUUGCCCUGUGCCCCAUCCCUCCCCUGUGGCAUGAGAGGGCCACACUGAGAACACUGGGGAUGGUCCAGCAGGUGGUCAGACAUGCAGGAGAACAAACCUUCUUGUUUCCAUUCUGUGAUGUCAAACCCAGCAGCAUCACCCGCCUCCACCUGCAGGCAGCUCCUGUGUGUCCCGCCCUGCUCCUGCAGGAAGAGCGCUGGGCACCUCAGCUUCUGGGGUGUUAUCCACUCUGACGGUUAUCCUAAUCCAAGAUGAUCCCUGCACAGACAAUUGGAAGCUGGAUUUUUGGAAAUCUAGCAUUUGCUUGAAAGAGAAUCGCUGUUAUUUACUGCCACCAGAUAAGGAUAAUGAAAACAAGUCUGCUAACAAUAGAUUUGGUGUAAUGGUUCUAAUGCUAAUAAGCAACUGCUGGGACACUUCCCAUGGUAAAUUCCUUUGUGGUUUCGGUGGUGUUAUCACACAUGGGCCUCACCAAGAUGCCGGCCUGGAGAGAACACUCGCUGCGACUCUCCCAGGCUUCAGGAAAUGUUCUGGGCAAAACACACUUUUAGAGGAGGAUUUGCUUUUCUUCACUGUGCUUUCACAAGACAGGCCCCAGAUCUGCGCUCUUAAAAUCCUACAUAAGGAGCCUGGAGGUUCUCCCCAUGCUUAGCAUUGGGCUCGAUUUCCUGCAGAGGAAAAGAUGGCAGGUAGAGCCACGGGUGAUUAAACAGUGAUGCCAGACAGUGUGGGGCCAGCAGCAUCUUUCCAUUUGAAGGGUCUACAUAUACCACACAGACCACCUAUACCUCAGCUGUCUUCCCACCCUACCCUGCUCUGGGGCUUGACCACAUGGUCUGAACCUUAGAGUCAGUUCCAUGCACUAGGCGCUUGCACAGGCCAACAUCAACCUCUUCUGUUGGCUUCAACUUUGGAAUACACCCGAAGCCUUGCUUCUCUAAACAGCUCAUUACAAAAUAAUGGCGCCUCACUAGGUGUGGCUUUACAGCAAUGAUGUAUGACCGAAGGCUACCUCUACCAUAAAUGUAGCAUCCUCAACUACAUUCUUUUUAAAGUGUUGUUGGAAACCCAUCAUCAUCCCUUGAGGGUGAAUUUUUUUUUCUUUUUGGAGAAAGCCAAAGCCACUGGGCUCAUGCCUGGUGCAUGACAUGAGUAAUCAGUUUCAGGUUUCAAAUCAUGUGUUUUCACACACAUUCGUUUGUCUUUUCCUUGUGUGUUUUCUUACUUGGUACAAACAGUUUGAACAAUAACAGCCACAAUUCACUAGUUAACUUAAAUAUUUUAGGCAGGUGUUAAAAUAAGGAGCAGCAAUGUAUGGACUAUUUUGAAGGACAACAGUAUUUGGAUGUAUAACAGUCAACAUAUUCAUUUUAAAGUAUUGUUACUGCUAUAUCCUUAGGCAUGGUAAGCUGAGGAUAUUUUGAAUGUCUGCAAACAUACAGAGACCACCUUCACACGUAGAACCCUAGAAUCCUACAGUUGGGAAAAAGAGGUCUUGGGGGACACCUGGAAAGCUCCCCUCCAGGGUAGAACCUUCUGCCCUGUGGGUUCCACAUUGCUCUUUGGGGGGCAGAGCAUGGUACAGUGUGCAAGAAACAAGCUCUCCAAGUCACCUCCCCCCAUACCUCCAUCUCCUCAUCUGGAAAAGGAGGGGAGUCAUCCAGAUGACCUUUAAAAGCAUUUCCAGCUCAGUUACUUUGGCCAAGGCCAGUGGGGCUGUGCUGCCAUAGUAGUUAUAUGCUGUUGACUCCUCUCUCUUCUUUUUCAUGUCUGCUGGUUUCUGCCUCUCCUCCUUUGCAACCGUAUCUAGAUAUUUUUUGAUCCUCUUCUCUCAUGGGCCCAUAACUUCUCAAGGCCAUGUAAGCACCACUUGGCCAUUCUUUCCCACUCGUUUUUUACUUUUCAUUCUAUUAUUUCUUCCUGCCUCCGUGUUUUCUUGUUGGUUUGUUUUCUUUUUUGUCUUUCUCCAUUCCACUAGCUCAAAUCCUUUGGGGAUAGAGACAGGGUAGAAAAAGAAAUAAGAGUAAGCCAACUCUGUUCUCCCUAGCCCAGCGGUUCUGAUUUCUGUCCAGUUGUCACCCACCCACAGUAUUUCUUGACUCUGCCCCGCUUCCUGUCCAAUCUCCACUUGUUCUAUUUCUCAAGGUCUAACCCUCUCAGCUCGAUGCCUGAGGUUGGGAAUGAGAGUCUCCGCCCUUCUGAAUGUUUCAUUCUGUGACUCACCCUGAUGUCCCACUGAGGCGCCUCUUGAAUCUUCAUGAAGCACAAUGCCCUUCUCACUAGCUGUCCCUCUUCAUUCAGCCCUGAAGCUUAAGUGACCUGGUGCCAAUUCGAUGUACCUCUUGAGAAUCACAAGCUGCUUCUCCUGCCAUCCUACAACCUGCAUGGAGUCACUCUGACAUCCAGCAGCAAUUCAGAUAAUGCCAAAGUUCUUUAUAGAACACAGCACUGUCCAGACCCAGUUAGCACUGACUGUACAGCCUCAUGACCAAAGCCGGGCCAGAGCCUCGUGUGUAAGUGAGGAGGGUCCAACCAGCAUGAAAAACGAAGGACAGUGACGACAUCAGAAGCAUUUCUGGGGUGUGGUAUUGUUUUUGGACAUUUACAAGACUACUGAGACAUAUGCAAUAUUAAGUGGCUUGUGUCUGAGUAGGGAAAGAUAGUGACAUAUUUCCCAAAAGAAAAUGUAGUUUAGAGGAAGGAGAAAGGCAGCAUAGCUCUGGGGAAAAAAAAAAGUUUCCAUUCCUGGCCUUUCUCCAGCACAAUUGCGCACCUCGUGGUCUUUCUAGAAGUCAAACGUGUUUCCUCCUCAGGAACUGAAAGUAUUUCUGUCUAAGCGUGAGAAAGUUUGAGGGACUUUGAUUUAUUUUAUUAUCCAUUGUGUUCUAAGCCAUAUUAUUUAAUUUUCUGUCAUCUUCUAGCUAUAUCUUUGAUCACUUGGGGAUUUAAAAAAAGAGCUCCUCUCAUUUUAUCCUCAAGAAAAUAUGAAAUAUCAUUUGCUUUACAGAGCAAAUAUUUCCAUGUUAUAGAUAUCUGUUGAUUAGAUUAUUUCUCUACUGUAUAUACUUAGAAGUAAUUUCAUUCACAUAAACAUUUCAUAUUUCAAAUGCAUUUGUGGAUAAAUUUGCUUUUCAUUCUAUUCACAUGCAAGAAAAUGAAAUAAACUGAUUGAAUAAAAUCAUUUUAUGAUAAUUGUCUUGCUGCUAUUUUUUUUCACUAACAGUGAAAACUUUUUGUUACUGAAGUAUGACUGUAACAUCAUGAAGCUUCUCCCUUCAUGGGGCCAAAAGGUGUGUUUUACUAGCUACACUAGGCUGUCAUUAUCCAACAAGACUCCCACUAACCAAUGAGGGCGCAUGAGUUAGUGAAAUCCGUGUUCCCAAGCUCGUGAGGUAGAAUCAUGAUGAUUGAAAUGUUAUGUCUUUUGUUUUGUAAGUUGACAGGUUUAUUUUCAGAAUCUUUCUUUCAACUCAGCCUUAGUUAAUCUCAUGUUUCCACCUCUUUAUGCUACUUCUCUACCCCAUAUACCCACUUGGGAGACUUCCCGAUCUCGCCCCAUCUGGGAGAGUGGCAGCUGCACCUUUUCCCUGGUAAAACGUCUUACUUUAUUUGCACACUAUGAAACAACCAGAAACCAACGGUGCAAACAGGUCAUCUCCUCAUCCCGGUAAGAUAGAAACAGGGUUGACUACUUUCCCUCUUCUCUACCGAGACGGUCUUUCCUCCCUUCUAAUUAAGGAUUUUCAGAGGGGGUGUGUGCACAUGUUCAUGUGUGUUUCUAUGAUUGGGUUUGCAAACUAAAAAGAAAGGUCAUCAGUGAAAGUUUGCACGUCAUUUGCUUGUGCUGAGGCACAUGUGCAAGAAGGACUCGGCGUAUGUACUGCAGAUAUUCUAAUUGUAUGAAAAUUCAUUGUGCUUUCAUUUCUUAUGAACGUAAUGGAAUCUUGGAACAUUAGUUCAACUCCAUGUUUUACUUGGAAGUGCUCGGGGAGAGAGAAGCUUUCAGCUUAGGAAAUGGUGUCGUUUUAGGUCCUAGCUUCUUUAAAAACAAAACAAAACCAGUGGAUCUAAUUUUGCAGACUCGACAUUAGUGAAUAUAGCUCAUUGUAAUGGCGAGUGGCGUUUACAUUGGAGAGAGACAGCAGUAAACCCUGUUACCUGGGGAAAAGGCCUCUCCUUAAUCUUUGCUCUUUGCAAGCAUGCUGAAAUCAGUGUUUCCUAAUUUUGGGACAAUCCUCUCACCUCAAAGUGUUCCUAUGUAAUUGUGUUACAUAAUGGGAAAUUGCAAUAGGCAAUUUGGUUCUGUAAUUCAGUUUGCAAAGCAUGCAAACAUAAGAUAACUAGGUUAAAUGCAAAUCGGCAUUACACUAAGGUACCGAGAUAGGGAAAGAAAAAGAUGCUGUGUCUAUAACUUAGAAACAACAUGAAUUUUAUUCCCCAUGUGCCUCAAAAUGUAGAGUUUAUUAAAGUUAUUUAUCCUCUAGUUUAAUUUCAUCACAUACUGUGCAUACAUAUACAUUAUCUGAGUAUGAACACACAUGUAUUCUUACUGCAUAUAUUUACGAUCUCUCAUUUGUCAUAAGCAGGCUGUAAGUAUAGCGUGUUACUUAGGAGUGAGUUGGAUGUACUUAUUUUUAUCAUACACAGUGUUUUCAUAAAUUGACCAUUAUAUAUAAGACACUACAUCAAAAUGUGCUUUAAAUCUUUCAAAGCCUGUUAUUGUUUGUAACUUUUGCAGGGGGGCAAUUAGUUCAUUAUUUAGAGGUCAAUUUUUCUGUUUUUAAUGUAUUCUCUUAAACAGUGAUUGGUAUGUACACCACAGUCAGGUAUGUACAAUUUCAUUAAACAACCACUACUGGCCUUAAUGAUUUUAAUAGUUUGGGGUGGUUUUUGUUUGUUUGUUUUCAUUUUUGAUACAGUAUUUUUUUCUAGUACAAUGCAUCAUGGGCCUGGGUAUGAUUCAGUGAGAUUUCUAAAUCUUAAGAUUUCAACACAAUGUAGUACUUUCUGUUCAUGCUGUAAAAAGUAUUUCUGUAUUUUCAAUAAAGAAUAAAAUUUAUGUGA